GUGUGAUGCAUCAGUUUCCUUCAGAAGCCUCAUUUGUUGGGCAACAGGGAGUGGUGUAAUUUUUCAAAUUUACUGUGAUAAACCAUUUAGACUAAUAAAAAAUGUUUUAAAAACAAUGUUUUCACACCGGAUCAAUUGAAAGGGACUUCGUUCCCGUUUUCAGUUACGUUCUGCAAAAAAAAUCAGUUUCCUUUCGGCUUUUGUUUUCAUUCCUUGUAACGUUUUCAGCCCCUGGUUUAAAAAGGAUCCCAGUUGGCACUAGAGGUCAACCGAAAGUGAAUCGAUCUAAGGUGGUGGAAAAGGCAGAUAACCAGUUAAUCGGCAGAUUUCCUUACUAUGGCGGUCACAGACACUGAGGCUACAAGAGUCCAAAAUGAAUAAAAUCCCAGAUGCAGUUUAUUAUUCCACCAAAAUACCAAUAAUAACCAGAAAAAAAAUCAAGAUUUGGUGCAUAACAUGGAACUGGACUUGGCUCCGUUACAAUGUGCUAUAUAUUGAUCAUGGAUGUGCCGGAGACCAGUCAUUCUCAAGAUUCACCAUCGGAUACCGCAAACUAUUUAAAUGAGUCCAGCGCGCCCUUAACGCCGCACAUGUUGGCCAAAAUUGAACGGAACAGACAACGUGCAUUGAUGCUCAGACAAGCCAGGCUCGCCAGCAGACCAUCUUCAGCUGGAGAAGGUGCUACUUGUGCCAAAGUGGCAAAAACUGUAGACUCUGGUGCAGGGUUCUUUAUAGAGGAGGAGACAGCAGUGGAUGAACAGCAAGAGAGGAGAGUUGUCCAUCAACCUGCCCCAGUGAUGGAGCCUGAUUACCUGAUGUGUGAGGAGUGUCAAAAGCCAUUUAUGGACUCUUAUCUCAGCAACAGCUUUGAUCUGUCUGUGUGUGACAAAUGCAGAGACAAUGAAGUGAAACACAAGCUGAUAUCUCGCACGGAAGCGAAGCAGACUUUCCUUAUGAAGGAUUGUGAUCUGGAUAAGAGGGAGCCACCGCUACGAUUUAUCCUGAGGAAAAAUCCUCACAACCCACGCUGGGGAGACAUGAAACUCUACUUGAAGACUCAGGUGGUGAAACGGUCUCUGGAGGUGUGGGGCAGUGAGGAGGCUCUUGAGGAAGCCAAGGAGAGUCGAGAGGAGAACAGGGAGGUGCAGAAGCAGAAACGCUUCAACAAGAAAGUUAAAGAGCUAAGGCGGGCAGUGAGGAGCAGUAUGUUUAAGAAGGAUACCAGCAUUCACCAGCAUGAGUACGGCCCUGAGGAGCUGCUAGAUGAAGAGGAAGAUCUCUACAGAAAGGUGUGUCGCACCUGUGGACACGAACUUACUUUUGAGAAAAUGUAAAUGUGUCUUUAACUCCUCGCUGCCGUGGUGGCUACAGUACAGGGAAGACGCAGGGUACAGAUUCAAGCUGAAGAGUAAACCUGAUGACCAUCUUCAUGUUUCUGGUCCUCCAUCCAACAGCAACAUUCUCUUGGCUCUCAAUCCAAUAACCAAUAUGGGUUUCUUCUGUUUCGAUAAAUGGUUGGCUUGAACUUCUGAACUACGAUAAAGGACGUUUUUUUUUAAUCAAGAAGGAGCCUCUGGUUAACUGUCGCCUUUUUUGCCUUCUGAAGAAGUUAAGAAACACCCUAUAAUAAAAAACACCCUAUAGUAGUGUUUUUGGAGAUUAGAGAAUGCUGCGCUGAAUUUACACACAAGAGGGCACUGUAGAGCUACUAUAUUCAGAAAAUGAAGAUAAAGGUGUAUGGUGUGUUCUUGGACAAAAUGUAAGAACACCUUAAUAUUGUUACAGUGUUGAGCAUACUCUGUAUCUUUGAAAUGGCAAUGGGGAAAUGCAAAUGACCAACAUGAAAUAUAUUGUACCCGAUCAACUGCAUAUUUAAUAUUUAAAACAGUUUUACCAGAACAGACAAUGUUAUACUAUAAUGUUAAUGCUAGCAGCACCAAACUGUUCCAAAGUUAAAUCUGGAAACAUGAUCUCAUUUCUCAGUCUUCUACCUCAUGAAGUCCAGUGACUGUUUGUUCGCAGAGGGAUAUUGGUGAUUCCAUUCGUUGAGGGAUGCAGCUACUGAGAAAUUCUCUCAUGGAGUUCUGUUUCAGUGUGUCUGUGUGACCACUGAAAGUAUCAGACCUCCCACACUCACAAAAAGCACUUACACACUCAUUCCUUAAUAGUCACACUUUUACACAACUCGCCUUCAAUGAAGUGUCAAAUGAGGAGUAGAUCAUACCUGCUGGAUGGAAAACAAUGAACUUUGUCUAUAAAAGUUGUUUAGAAAAGGACCUCUUGUUUUUAAAUAAACUUUAUACAUAUUCGCAAAAGCGUAUUUUCUAUUAUGCUUAAUUUGAUCGUUUAUUAUCAGCUUUUAUUAUGUAAUGUCCGAAUCAACAUCAACACAUAUGAUUCUUCAGGGACCCCAUAUGUUAAAGGGAUAAUUAUCCCAAAAAUGAAAAUUCUCUCAUCAUUUACUCUCCCUCAUGCCAUCCCAGUGUAUGACUAUUUUUUUUCUUCUGCUGAACACAAACGAAGAUUUUUAGAAGAAUAU